GUCAUGCCCCGCGGCAAAAAAAAAAAAGAGGCCGCCUUCAAAAUAAGAGUCCGUCAAUCCGUUCGAAAAGGCUUCGAGGAAAGUUGCUGAAGUUUGUGCUCCUGCGUGCCUGUUCACCUUAGAGUUAUGUUCCCAUUUUCUGCCCUACGUGUUGGAUCUCUCCUUACAAGGCGGGGAAUCAUAGCCAGUGGUACAUUUCGGACUGCACAUCAUGGACACGAGGUGGCCAAACAGGAGGACAUGUCUCUCCCAAUGUACUGGGACCGCACAGACACACCACUGCCAGAUAUUCCAUUUCAGAAGAAGCUUGGGGCAGAGCAGCAGGCGCUGAAGCAGAAAGAGAAAAGCUCUUGGAAGAACCUGACCAAUGAAGAGAAAAUUGCUUUAUACCGCAUUAUGUUCAACCAGAGCUAUGCUGAGAUGAAGAAACCUUCAAAUGAAUGGAAAACAGUGCUUGGUGGCAUCUUCAUUUUUAUUGGUGUGACUGGGCUAAUCAUUUGGUGGCAAAAGGUCUUUAUGUAUCCUCAACGGCCUCAUACCUUCGACGACAACUGGAAGGCCAUGCAAGCGCAAAGGAUGAUUGACAUGAGGAUGAAUCCAGUGCAGGGUUUCGCCUCCAAUUGGGAUUAUGAGAAGAAGCAAUGGAAAAAGUAACUUCACUUUGAAUCGUGGCUUUAUGAGCUGCCAGCAGCAGUCCGAUUGUCAAUUAUACGGUGAAUAAUUUAAAUUCUCCAGCCACCUUUAUCCAGUUCUUGAAGACAUUGCAGUACUCUUAAAAACUGUGGUCAUUCAUAUUGUUAUUUUGAAAUCUGAAUUGUUCAGGGUUAUAACGUUUUCCCUUACACUGAGCUUAGGGAGCUUUUUAACACAACACUGCCUAUAAAGGAGGCCAGUUAGGGAAGGAAUUGUUUAAAAUCUUGGAUUGCCUCUGCCUGUGUCCUUCUAUGUUGUGGCCAAAAUUAUUUUUAAACUAAUAAUUCAGCCUUUUACUCUGCAAGUCUGCUCACUUUUUAUAAUUCUUUGGAAUCGGUGAAAGAGGGAAAGAACGUAAGAUGAUACGGUACUACGUGGAGCCAGAGCUGCCAUAUGUGCCUCUCCAAAUUGAACUUCUAGAAGGCAUUCAGGCAGGCACUUCUGUAGCAUUUAUUCCCUACCAAAGCCCCCGGUUUGUUUUCUGCGUGUAGAGUUGUUAACCGGAAUAAUUCACAAAUCAUUAAUAAAUUCUUCUGUUAUGUGCUGCAAUAC